UGUGUCUACACAACAUAACGAAGGCAUCGGUAACGCUGGACUCUCUAGAUUAUAAGUACUAUCUUCGUCCAACUCUCCAAACUGUUCAUCUCAGGAAAUCCAACCGCCUUUCGUUUCUACAUCGGACUGCCAGCUCAGCCCCCACUUUCUUCCGUUCGCCAUGAAGUUCACCGCUCUCGCCGUCGGCGCCAUCGCCGCCCAGGGUGUUUCUGCUCACUACUGGUUCGACACCAACAUCCUCAACGGCGCCGCCCAGACCCCGUACAAGUACGUCCGCGAGUCCAGCCGGCAAACCAAGUACAACCCCAUCAAGUUCUCGUCCAACCCUGCCUCGGAUAUCCGUGAUGGUUCAACUAUCGACGGCCCCGACGCCAGGUGCAACCAGGGCGCCUUCGCGAGCGCUGGCCGUACCGAUGUCUUGACUGUUAGCGCCGGCGAUGAGAUCCGUCUUCGCCUUGCUGCUGGCUCCGACUUCCAGCACCCAGGCCCCGGCCUUGUCUACCUCUCCCGGGCUCCCGGUGACAAUGUGAAGGCCUACGACGGAUCUGGUGACUGGUUCAAGAUCUACGAGGACGCCGUCUGCAACCAGGGCGCCGACUUCACCAACAGCGCUUGGUGUGGCUACGGCCAGAACACCCUUGCCGCCAAGGUUCCCAAGGAUACCCCCAACGGCGAGUAUCUCGCCCGUUUCGAGCACAUCGGUGUCCACCGGUCCCACGUCAACCAGCCCGAGCACUACAUCUCGUGCAUGCAGAUCAAGGUCGUCAACGGCGGCAGCGGCAGCCCUGGCCCCACCGUGAAGUUCCCCGGCGCCUACAAGAGCAGCGACCCCUACGCCAACUUCAGCAUCUACAACGGCUUCAAGCCCUUCACCAUCCCCGGCCCUGCGGUCUGGUCCGGUGGCGGCGGCAGCGGCGGCAACGGCGGCAACGGCGGCGGCAACAGCGGCGGCGGCAGCACCCCCCAGCCCGAGCCCAGCAACCCCGGCACCGCGUGCGCUCCCAUGUGGGCUCAGUGUGGUGGCAGCGGAUACUCGGGCCCCACGUGCUGCUCUGCCGGAUCCUGCAAGGCCAGCAACCAGUGGUACUCGCAGUGCGUGUAAGCGGUCAUGGAGUCGAUUUAUUUCUUCGGCCGGACGGGGAUCGGCCAAGGCACUGUCGAGUUGAGACAGCAGCCUGAUUUUUUGCAUAGCGGUUCAUCUGAAUAGCAACCUUUUGGAGUUUUCCUCUUGGACAUCUGACAUGCGCCGUUUGUGUGAUGAAAACAUGCAUAAACACAACCACCAGCCCCGUUGAUUGCGGCCAAGGCCAGCAAUACAAAUGGUGUACCAUGCCAACCGCACCUGUGUAAAUUAAUGCUGUUGGCCCCCACACAACCCUGACAUCACCAUGCCCCGAAAACUCGGGAUAUCGAA